CCCCCCCUCACCCAACCUUUCCACUCCAGCUCGCUCUUUGCCAAUUUGGCUCUGAUCGGAUGUAGUAUCUGUUCUUCCGCAGGGUAACGCCUCGGAUCUGGUCUUAACGGGACCGUUCACGUUAUCUACUUUUUGGAACCUGGCUCCCAGCUCACUGGUCUGCGAUCACAGUCGGGGGUAUGGUGCCCAUCCUCUUACACCGCUGGGAUGUGUGCGCGAUUCUUUUUUUCAUUGAGUUCUCUGCCUGGGAUGGUGGGGGCUUGAGGAAGGAAGAGGAGAAAGAGAGGGGUGGGAUGGGAGUGAGGUUGACGGGAAGUGGAAUACGGUGCGUCCUUGAGUGAAGAGAUACAUACGCGAGAAGAGUCAAGGCGUUGGACUAGAAUCGCAAUGAGAUGAACACAUACUGGAAGAUGACGCAUUGGUUUGAACUGAUUGGGAGGGUGCUGCGAGACCGGGCUGUCUUAAAGGAGAAUGUAUACAGCAUGGACGAGAUGUUAUUGAUGCUAGGUUUCGUGAAGGUGCUUGUAGGUAAGGACGACACGCGAGACUACAGAGGUGCGCGUGUGAAGCGCACAAUGUCUGGAUAUACCGACUCCUACAUCAGCCUGCAAUGGCUCAAGCGUAUAUUUGACCCCGAGAUGAAGGAGAGAGCUAACAACAAGCUACGGGUCCUGAUCUACGAUAGCUUUGACACGCAUGAAACCCUGGAGGUACUGGAGUACUGCUUUGUAAACAACAUUAUCCUGUGCCGGCUCCCCUCUCACACCUUUCACAAGCUGCAGCCCUGCGACGUGGCUGUGUUCGCUUCACUGAAGGCAGCCUAUCGCGAGCAGGUCGAACAACUAAAGCGUGGAGGCGUUAAAACUAUCGGCAAAGAGCACUUUACUGCCCUUUUUAGUCCAGCGAGGAAGAAGGCCUUUACCCAUGAGGACGUUAUAGCUAGUUUUGCUGCAAGUGGUCUGUUUCCUUUCGACCCAGACAGGCAGAAUGAAGUUCCGCGGACGCCUGCCACACCGGUGUCGGCAGAGGGUCUCGUGUCGCUACAAGAUCUUAUCAUUAAGCAGGAUGCUGGUACUCUUGAUGAGGCGAGCAAACAAAGCCUACAGAGACAUCUGCACAAGCUGGCCAAAACUGUGCAGUUGUCUUUUGCUAAAGGGGCUCUCCAACAGAACUACAUCCGAUUCUUGCUGACUAUCAACAACGAAGCUAAGGUGAAAGUCAUGGGCUAUGAGGAGCUCCAGGAGGCACGACAAAAGCGCAUCGAGAAGGAUGCUGACGAGAAGGCUAAAGAGAAAUGA